AUGGAUAAUACGCGCACAUCUCAACCUAGCAACCCAUCCUCGUCGUCCAAUGAAACAAUUACCGAAGACCGCCAAACGACCACAGACGCUUCCAGCACCGACGCUGCCUCAUCAUAUUGCCCAGACUGCCCCAUAUGCAACCCUCCCGACACCAAAUCAGCCAGUGUCUCUACAUACGGCACUAUUGAACCUCGCUCUCAUAACUUUCAGCCAUAUAAGCCCACCUUCCUCGAGACAUCGCUAGAAAUAUGCGCUGAAAUCUACUGCUGCAUCUGCGACAGCCCUCCUCCAUCAAUUCGAUCAAGCGAAUGGUCAUCAACACCGUAUCCUUCGUCACUUUCCUCAAACUCGUAUUCCUACACCGAAACCGAAACAGGGCUCUCCCAAGACCAAGCAAGCGAUGCAGGAACUGUAAAUAUGCAGAACCUAUCGAGGCAAGAUGACGGCUAUAAAAAGCAACAAGAGAUGCGAUCCAUCAAAGACGGCGGUCUUAUACCAUAUCCUCAGCGGUCCGAGUAA